UUUACUUCUAAGAAGGCCUUCGGAGGGGUGGGAGUGAGGAAGCAGCAGGAGUCGCGUCCCUACGUGGAAAGGCUGUCACCGACUGGACCGUGGUCCACAGCUUUGCACUUGACGGCCCCGUUUGCAGCAGUUGCUGUGAAUGCCGUAAAGCAGAGUUGCCGCGCUGUUGGGUGAGAUGCAAAAGGAGAGACUAGAUGACAUCAGGCUCUUUCUACUUUUAAAGACUGCGGGUUUCCCAAGAAGGAACAUCAGCCUAUAACAUAUCAAAAAUCAACCAAUGUUCACAUAGGAUAAACAGAAAAGAAAAAUAAAAGCAUCUACUCUCUUCCCAACACAAAGAAAACCACUAUUCUUACUCUGAAAUUUUGUUUGUUGUUGUUCACGGAAAACAAGAUUAUCUUCUUAUCCAAAAAGAUGAAACCAACUGGGUUACUUUCAAAAGACAACCAAGUGAGCACCGCAGACUAAUGAGUAGAAUCAAUAAGAACGUGAUUUUGGCGCUUUUAACUUUGACAAGUUCUGCAUUUCUGCUGUUCCAGUUAUACUACUAUAAGCACUAUUUAUCAGCAAAGAAUGGAGUUGGUUUAUCAAAAUCUAAAGGAAGCCGAAUUGGAUUUGAUAGCAUACAGUGGCGUGCAGUUAAAAAAUUUAUUAUGCUAACAUCAAGCCAAAAUGUACCUGUGUUUCUUAUUGAUCCUUUGAUUCUGGAAUUGAUUAAUAAAAACUUCGAACAAAUCAAAAAUACUUCUCAUGGCCCCACUUCAGAAUGCAACUUUUUCUGUGUUCCAAGAGACUUUACAGCAUUUGCACUGCAGUAUCACCUAUGGAAGAAUGAGGAAGGCUGGUUUCGGAUAGCUGAAAAUAUGGGAUUUCAGUGCCUAAAGAUUGAGAGCAAAGACCCCCGGCUAGAUGGAAUAGACUCGCUUUCUGGAACUGAAAUCCCCCUGCACUACAUCUGCAGACUGGCCACACAUGCCAUCCACUUGGUGGUCUUUCACGAGAGGAGUGGGAACUACCUCUGGCAUGGCCACCUACGACUCAAAGGGCACAUUGACAAGAACUUUGUUCCUUUUCGAAAGUUACAGUUUGGUCGUUAUCCGGGAGCUUUUGACAGGCCAGAAUUACAACAGAUUACUGUUGAUGGACUAGAAGUUGUCAUUCCAAAAGAUCCAAUGCACUUUCUAGAAGAAAUACCACACUCUAGGUUUAUUGAGUGUAGGUAUAAAGAAGCUCGAGCAUUCUUUCAGCAGCACCUUGAUGAUAGCACGGUGGAAGCUGUGGCUUUUCGGAAGAGUGCAAAGGAAUUGUUGCAACUCGCAGCCAAAACAUUAAAGAAAUUGGGAGUACGGUUCUGGCUGAGCAGUGGAACUUGUCUAGGGUGGUAUCGACAGUGCAGUAUUAUUUCUUAUAGUAAAGAUGUUGACCUAGGAAUUUUUAUACAAGAUUACAGAUCUGAUAUUAUUUCAGCAUUUCAGGAUGCAGGACUUCCACUCAAACACAAAUUUGGGAAGGUAGAAGACAGCUUGGAACUAUCUUUCCAGGGAAAAGAUGAUGUAAAACUUGAUAUAUUUUUCUUCUAUGAAGAGACUGACCAUAUGUGGAAUGGAGGCACUCAGGCCAAAACAGGAAAAAAAUUUAAAUACCUGUUUCCCAAGUUCACGCUGUGCUGGACCGAGUUUGUAGACAUGAAGGUCCAUGUGCCCUGUGAGACCAUCGAAUACAUCGAAGCCAACUACGGGAAGACCUGGCCGAUCCCUGUGAAGACGUGGGACUGGAAGCGCUCGCCCCCCAACGUGCAGCCCAACGGCGUCUGGCCGAUUUCUGAGUGGGAUGAGGUCAUCCAGUUAUACUGAGACAGUAGGUGAAAUGCUACAAUUCCUCCUGGAAAACAGGUGGAUUGCUGUUUUAAAAGAUACAUAUCUACUUGUCAAACAUAAGUAGGAGCCAAAGAAAAAUGACAAGUUGGAAGACAGAGUUUAACUCCUAAGCCAUUUCAGCCUCUCGUUUCGCGUCUAUUAAGGCGUCCCCAUGUGCCAGGUGCUGUGCUAGGUUACCGUGGAGAGCAGAGGUGAGGGCAGAUGCCUGCCCCCCACUCUUGGUAAGCACCCCAAUUUUCCCUGGAGGGAAGCACCCUCACUCUUCGAAGAGCUCAUGUAGAAUACGAUGUGUUCUCUAAGUGCUUUCAAAUGUUAGAUAACCUUUGAACUGGAAGAGGGGCUUAGCACGCUAAUGUACUAGUUAAAGAGAAUA